CCGUACUCGGGCUUCCGGACGCCAAGACGGACCGCUGCCGCCGAAUUUAAAGAGACAGGCGAUAGUUAUUUUAAAUAAGAUAAACGGCAACCAUUGUCCCCCAAGCUUGUUUUCCGUGGGUUCGUCUUGUCGGAGCUUGCUAUUAGUUAUUCUUUAAAGCGAUAAUGAUGUUUGAUCAAAGUGGUAGCGAGUAGCAGCUUGCCUGUCAUCGGCUUGCACUCUGGUGGAUUUUCCGUCCUUUGCGUUGUGCGGAGACUGUCCAGCUAGGCAGACGUCGCUGGCAGGCUGGCUUCCCGACCGAGAGGAAGAUUUGUCGGCUAGCCAACAACUAAGAGAUACACCGAAGCUCCCUUCUCCAAGUUGUGGUAGUGGCUCAAAGCCUCCUGUCGCCGGGAUAAUGGCGAAGAUUCAGGCGCACAGCACCGCCAAGCAAAUAAACCAAAUUCAAGACAAGCCUUACGUUGUGACACAAAAGCAAGUGCAACAGCAGCACUUCCAAAAACUGAAGGUUGAAGAUGCCUUGUCAUAUCUGGACCAAGUCAAAAUACGGUUUGGGAAUGAUCCUGGAAUAUACAACAAGUUUCUAGACAUCAUGAAAGAGUUCAAGUCACAGAGCAUUGACACACCAGGGGUUAUAAACCGUGUGUCACAGCUCUUCCACGGACACCCAGACCUGGUUUUAGGAUUCAAUGCCUUCCUGCCACCGGGGUAUCGGAUAGAAAUCCCUAAGAAUGGGAUGGUUUUCCUUCAAUCUCCUUUCUCUACCCAGGUGUCCCCAGGCCAGCAGGGGAAGAGUCUGUCCGGCCCUGCAGUGACUGCAACCUCUGCUUCCCACUCUGAGGCUGGUCACAGCCAUAGCAGCGAAGUCAUGGCAGCCCCAUCAGAGACCCUGUCUUCCUCCACCACCACCACUACCACCACCACCACCACCACCACGGGACCUCCAGAGCCCCCCAGCAGACUUUCCCUUCCCCUGACCAGCAGAGAGAGCCAGAGUCAGGCACCCACCUCGUCUGUGUCUCCCCCUACCUCAGAGCCAAGCCCUGUAGAGUUUGACAGUGCCAUCAGCUACGUCAACAAGAUCAAGAAUCGUUUCCUUGACCACCCAGAGAUCUAUAGAGCGUUCCUGGAGAUUCUCCACACAUACCAGAAAGAGCAGCUGGAGGUGAAAGAGAGUCGAGGCGGCCGAGGCAGCAGUGGGAUGACAGAGGAUGAGGUGUUCUCCAAGGUGGCCAGUCUUUUCAAGGGACAGGAAGAUCUGCUGGCUGAGUUUGGACAGUUCUUGCCUGACGCCAAGAGAUCACUGUUCACAGGGAGCUCUCUAACAGGGGGGAAAGAGCAGCUGAAAAGGCCGGAGGAAGAGGAUAUUAUAACCAAACAGAGCAAGAAGAGACCCAGGCCCAUGCUGCUUCAACACAUGACCCCUCUUCUCAAGAAAAAAAUGAAGUAUUCCUGUACCAAAGAUCAGUCCUUUGCCUCAGUUGGCAAGCAUGGAGUCUUGCGAGAGUUUACCUUCUUUGAUAAGGUCCGUCGUCUGUUUAAAAGCCAGGAAGUGUAUGAGAACUUCCUGCGCUGUAUCGCCUUGUUUAACCAGGAAGUAGUUUCGGGAGCUGAGCUGCUACAGCUAGUCACUCCUUUCCUGGGGAAGUUUCCUGAACUGUACACACAGUUCAAGUCAUUUCUGGGGGACAAAGAGCUCUCUCAUGCUGCAUCAGGGCUGUCCGAUCGCUACAUGGAGGGGGGAGGGGGCCGCGAGGUGGACUACGCCUCCUGCAAACGCCUCGGGUCGAGCUACAGAGCAUUGCCCAAGACCUACCAGCAGCCUAAAUGCAGCGGACGCACUGCCAUAUGCAAGGAGGUGCUGAAUGACACCUGGGUGUCAUUCCCCUCCUGGUCAGAGGACUCCACCUUUGUCAGCUCAAAGAAGACUCCCUACGAAGAACAACUGCAUCGUUGUGAGGAUGAAAGGUUUGAGCUGGACGUGGUGCUGGAGACAAACUUGGCCACCAUUCGGGUUCUAGAGAGCGUCCAGAAGAAGCUGUCCCGCCUCUCACCCGAGGACCAGGACCGCUUCAGAUUAGAUGACUGCCUGGGUGGAACCUCUGAAGUCAUCCAGCGCCGCGCUGUUUACCGUAUCUAUGGUGACAAGGCCCCUGAGAUCAUCGAGGGGCUGAAGAGGAGUCCUGCCACCGCUGUGCCUGUGGUGCUCAAGAGGCUGAAAGCCAAGGAGGAGGAGUGGAGGGAGGCCCAGCAAGGCUUCAAUAAGAUUUGGAGGGAGCAGUAUGAGAAGGCCUACCUCAAGUCCCUGGACCACCAAGGGGUCAACUUCAAACAGAAUGACAUGAAGGCACUGCGUUCAAAGAGUCUCCUCAAUGAGAUUGAGAGUGUCUAUGAUGAGCGUCAGGAACAGAGCACAGAGGAGGGCGGCGUGGGCCAUCAGGGCCGCAACGGUUCUGGUUCCGGCUCUGCCUCAUCCAGUGAGCCUCACAUGGUGUUUACCUAUGAGGACAAGCAGAUCCUGGAGGACGCCGCCUCACUCAUCAUCUACCAUGUCAAACGCCAGCCCACCAUUCACAAAGACGACAAAGACCACAUUAAGCGCAUCAUCCAGCACUUUGUCCCUGACCUGUUCUUUGCCCGCCGCGGCGAGCUUAGCGAUACUGAAGAAUGGACAGAUGAGGAGCCCGAGCCUGAGGAGGGUGGAGAGAGAGGAGGAGGAGGUGGAGCAGCAGUAGCAGUAGCAGCAGCAGCAGCAGGGGGAGGAGGAGGAGUAGGAGGGGGAGGAGGCGGAGGAGGAGGAGGAAGUGGUAAUUCUAAUAAUGCCUCAGGAACAGGGGGAACCACAGGUAGUCAGUCUCAACCCCAACAAGCCCAGUCCCAGUCACAGACUCAGUCCCAGCCCCAGCCCCAGCAGCAGCUGAACGGUGAGUCCAGGCGGAGACGCUGCAGCCCACCCCAACCUGCAGACACAGAGGCCUCCACCACCUCCAGUUGCACCAGCCAGCCUGGAGGGACUACUGGAUCCACCCCCUCCUCGACCCCUAUGGAGACGGGCUCAGCUGUACCAGGGGAGAAGGUGGACCUGCGUGAUCCUGAGGCAGAGCACCAGAAGGAGCUGGAUGGUGUUUACAACCUGUUCUUCGUCAACAACAACUGGUAUUUCUUCCUGCGAUUGCACCAGACACUGUGCUCGCGGCUGCUGAGGGUUUACCGUCAGGCAGAGCGUCAGCUGCUGGAGCACAGGGCCGAGCAGAGCAGGGAGAGGCUGCUAAUGGCGGAGGGUAGGAGGGACAAGGCCUGUGACCUCGCCAUGGAGCUACGCCUCAAACAGCCUAGUGAGGUGGAGUUAGAGGAGUACUACCCAGCCUUUCUAGAUAUGGUGCGUAGCCUGCUGGAUGGCAAUCUGGAGUCCACACAGUAUGAAGAUACACUGAGGGAGAUGUUCACCAUCCAUGCCUACAUCGGCUUCACCAUUGACAAGCUCAUCCACAACAUCAUCCGGCAGCUGCAGCACCUGGUGAGCGAUGAAGUGUGUCUGCAGGUGGCUGAUCUGUACUUGGCUGAAAGAAAAAGGGGGGCGGCAGGGGGCAACCUGUCCUCCCAGUGUGUUAGAGCAGCCUGGGAGACCAGCUACCAGUGGAAGGCUGAGAGGGUCAUGGCUGAAGAGAACUGCUUCAAGGUGAUGUUUAUCCAAAACAAAGGUCAUGUGACGAUGACCAUCGAGCUUCUGGACACGGAGGAGGCUCAGGCUGAUGACCCUCUAGAUGUUCAGUGCCUGUCCAGCUACAUGGAGCAGUUUGUAGGAACAGAGUCCAGUCUGUGUUCUCAGGCAGAGGGCUACUUCUUCAAACCUGUAUUUCUGCCCAGAAACCUGCGUCGUUUCCGGCGCUGGCAGGUGCGGCAGGUGGAGGCCAUGCGCUGCAGGAGAGAGUGGCACCGCCAACUGGGUGUGGAGAACGCUGGCAGCCUGGACUGCCGCUUCAAACUAAACACCCACAAGAUGGUGUUUGUCAUGAACUCUGAGGAUUACAUGUACCGCCGAGGGGCACUCGUGAAGGCCAGAAAGUCGCAGCACAGAGUGGCCGUGAGCCAGCACGAACGCUUCGACAAGUGGCACCAGGGAUGGCUGGCCAAUCAUGUGAGUGCAUCAGCUGAGCGCGCGGUCCAGGACUGGCUACUGGGGGAGGAGGAAGAGGACAUGAUCCCCUGCAAAACUACCUGUCUGUCUACUGAGGUGAAAGGGCAAACAGUUAACAGAUACCAAGUUCAUUACAGUGGUAGCAAACCCCCUGCCUCGCCUUAGAGGACCGCAUAGAGAUGGACAUAUAUGUACACACACGCACACACAAAUAAAUGCAUGAACAUACAGGACAUACAUUCUUACACUACAUACAGACAUGUGCAGCUGCAGUCCCAGUUCUCCACCUUCCUCCACAACGUGCACACUCAUUCACUUUACCUCAUGGAAGGAAGAAAGCAAGAACUCAUUUGCAGAAGCCCGGUGGAAACAUUGAGAAAACGGUCUAGGCUUCUGUUUACACCAGUCCAGUUAACGGUGAGUCAGUGAAUGAGUGCGCACUGAGAGGAGCGCUGUGGAGAAUAGGACCAUGAGAGACACUGAGGUAAUGAACUUGGCCCUGAUUGACUCGUUGAGAGGAGACCCCCUUCCCCUUGUGAUGAGUUGUACACGGCACAAAAGGAGCUCUUCCUCAUCCUCAGCGUUACCAUCGUCGUCAUUGCUUCUCUGGUGUCAAUCAGUGGUGCGAGCUGAUCAGACUGCUGGACAGAGACAGUUGGUCAGUUGGGAGAUUAUGAGAUCAUGGAGUUUGUUUUGGAAAUGUGAAUGUCUCUUUCUUUUUUUUAAGUCCAAUGUAGUUUUUAGCUUCAAAAGCCAGAGCCUUUUGCUUGUUGGUUGGUUGGUUUAUGCGUGUUUAUACAGAGAGAUAUGGUAAGUGUGUGUAUGUAUGUGUGUCCUGCUCUCUUCAUUUUGUCUGUAUGUAUGCCAAGUACUGUAUGUGCAUAUAUACAAUGGUAAUUCUGUAUUUUAUAUAUGCAUUUACAUGAAUAUGUUGAUUGAUGCAUCUAAAGAUCACGUGGCUCUUUACAGUGUUUGCUGUCAGCCAACUCUUGAUGUUUUGAUUUUUUUUUUUUUUUUUUUUGGUCAUUUUUUUCCUUUUUUUUUUUUUCUUUUUUCUUUUUUGUGUUGUAGCUAAUCUAAACAAGUUAUCACCAGGGUGACAAGGAGUCUAAAAUUAAUUGGUUUCAUGUUAUGAAAGCAUUCAAAUUAUGUAUCAUGCUCAUGAUUUCACCAAAUGUUUACUUUGCAUUGUCUUUUUUGCAUACUGACAUUGAAAAUAAAAGCAAAAUAUCAGUGUUAAAAAAGAAUGUAUAACAUUUAUCCUGUAUCAGUUAUCAUGAAAUAAACAACCUAGUUGUGACCUUCUUAAA